AUGGAGGAAGAGAGGAUUACCGGUCCGAGGCUCCUCCAUCAGAUGAAGAAGAGGAAGAAACGGGUUGCCAAGAAGGCACGCGUGGAAUCCCCAAGGACCCCUACCCCUGAACCCGAUCUUUCGCAGGUCCCCUCUUCGGGGCCCGAGCCCCCACAAGCUCCCAUUUCAGGGCCCGAGCUCCCUGACGCCCCUCCAGUGAGAGACUUGGAGGGGGAUUUACCACCACGGGGGCCUGACACGGUGGCAGAGUCGAUCGCUGAGCUAGCCGGGGCUGCCACUGAAGUCUCAAAUCCUACUGGGGCUGCUGCUGAGGUUUCCGAAGGAUCGGCUCAUCGUGCCGCAGAUACGGCGGCAUCCAGCUCGGGGACUCAGGAGGAGGAAGAGAGCAUCAUGAAUCCCGAUAUCAGCCUUGAAAGAAGUAAGAGGGCUGUUAUCACUACGGAGGUGAACACUGCUGUGCAUGCGCUGACCUUUCAGUCCGACAAACACCUGAGGCGUGCUUUGGCUGCUAAGGAGUCAUCUCGCGCGGCUCACACUGAGCUGAGGGCAGCUCGGGGCAAGAUUCACCAAUUGGAGAGUGACGCUACUACCCAGAAGAGCUUUAUCGAAGCCCUGUUGUUAGAGAAGGAUGAGCUGGCCCGCGAGGGAGAUAGGCUGAAGGCCGAGGUGAACGGGCUCAGAGCAGACGACAUGGCCCGUCAGGCCACGGAUGACUCAGACUCUGACGAUGAGGGCAGCAACGAGGAGGCCGAUACCACCGAGUUGGCUGACAGCCCCGAGGAGGCCCCCGAAGAGGCCCCGAGUAAGGCUGAUAAGCCUUCCAAAUAG